CCUUGAGAACCGACCUACACGAGUGAGGCUUUUGCCAGUCUGAAACCAUGCGACCUAGUGUAGAGUCAACUUGACAUGGACGACUUGAGAAGACAUGAGCCAGAUCCCAGAGCAUGAACGACGGCCACAAUCAGAAUGAUGGAGAUGCUGGCAGGCCAUAUCGGUCUCGCAAAAACAGGCCGUGCGAUGCAUGCCGCCGCAGAAAGGUACUCUGUGACCAGCCUAAUGGUGCCCCUUGCAUCCGCUGUAGUCGUCUGAGCCAAAAAUGCACCUUCGACGAAGGACCGAGGAAAAGAUUGCGGUCGCCUGGUGGGCAGCGAGAGCCGGCCAACGAUCAAGAAAGGCAAUGGCCCGAUGAGGCAUCCUUUACUUUCAGCCCGGGUGCGUUUAGCAGGCCAAUGCCUGACUUCGCUUCAUUUGAAAAUGGCCUCAGCUCCCCUUUCACUUACAUAUUUGAGGAAGCCGCUCAUCUGGAUCACACAAUAUCAGCGGAAAGGUUUCCAACAGAUAUCAGACCAGACCAGACUUCCAGGGAUAUAUCUGAUGUUUUGGCCGCCUUGGAUGAGGACCAAAGAAGCCAGAUCCAAGCUUUGGCAACAUUACAGGAUCACCAGGACGAUUCUGAACGCCCGCAAAGUCUGCACACAGGAGAGCAAGUUGACCUCGACCAUCAAACAUCGCUAGAGUCAAUUCCAGAUGCCUUCAGCUUCUACAUUGGUCCCACGGGAACCUCAGAUAUAUAUCUGCUCCGUCGACAGACGUUCCUCAAUAGCAGCUUGUCCGCAAACGUCGCUAGUGGGAUCAAAUUCCAAUUGACCGAAAAGCCAGACCGCCGUUCGAACCUUUCUGAUCAAAACCCUUGCAUUGGGGAAUUCGAGGGCUUAGGACCUCUACCACCAACUAUCUUCGGUGUUACCGACAACAGCUUGGUGGCUAACGCGGAACCUCGAGAAAGCCCAGAGGUCAUUAAGCAAGCGUGGUCCGAAUUUUGGGCUUUGAUCGAGCCUGAUGUGGCUUUGAGGCUUGUCCGCCUGUAUCUUCGGUUUAUCGAGCCCCAGUUCCCAAUCUUGUUUCUUGACCAGAUCCCUAACAAUCAAGAAUCUUUGGGUUCGAUGAACUUGGCAUUACUUGCGGGUAUGUGUGCAAUUGCGCUGCCUUUUGCACUGUAUGACGAGGCCCUCUACCGGUUACAACCCAGGCCACCCUCAAGUCAACAGCUGUAUCGAAUUUGUUGGUUGGCUCUAUGGCACGAUUUUCAUGCUCCAACUUUAGUCACCAUCCAGAGCUGUCUCAUAUUCCAACAUCGCCUACCCACCAACCCGGUCUUAUCGGACACUGCUUUCAAGUGGACCUUGAUGGCUUCAGCAGUUGCCGCCGCUCAUACGGUAGGAUUGCAUCGAGACCCUACCGAGUGGCAUUUGAUUCCGCUCAACGAGUGUAAACUACGCCGAAGACUUUGGUGGGCAUUAGUCGCAAUGGAAAAAUGGCAUGCACUCGCUAGAGGUAUGCCUAGCCAUAUUAGAGAUGACGAGAGCGAUGUACAACCGUUACAAAUACAAGACUUGUCAGGGAAUUCCGACGCGACAGAGGACGGCUUGCAUUUUUUCUGCCUGGUCACUUUGACGAGUCUUCUCUCCGAGAUUCAAAAUACUUUUUACACUGUUCGCGCUAUCAAAACAACGGCUAAUGACUUGCACACCAGCCUUGAUCUAGGCAGGUCCAUUCGCAUACGGCUGCAAGAGUGGAAAGAUGGUCUGCCAGAUUUUCUGAAAUUUAGGCGACGGGAUCUCGAAUUGGCUUCGCGUCAAGGACCUCCGUCAGAGCAGAUCGCGAGACGACUUGAUUCGACUGGUUCGCUCCAUCUGUCAUAUAUCACAGCACAUAUGACCCUGUUCCGGGCUCUUCUUCGGCCACUUGAUCUUUGGACGAAUAUCGCAAAGCAUGACACUGCAAAGGCUCGGACAAUGUAUGAUAUUGCUUUAGCUGUUGUGCGAGGAGCCCUGCUCUGUGUCAGAGAACUUGUUGAGUUCAUGGAGGAUCUGACUAAUUCUCACUGGAAUGCUUUCUGGCAUAGCUGGAGCCGACCAAAUUUUGCAAUGGCUGGAACAUUCAUGGUACAUCUACUUCAAAUCACUUCUCCAGAUAUGGACCUGGCUUAUCCGUCUGUUUCAAAUCAAGCAGAACCAAGACCCGAGAGUCUCUAUUUUAUUGAAGAGCACAAAGAACUCCAAACUCUCAUUCAGCGAUGGCGAUGGGCCAAUCGCAGUUGUACAAACAAUGCAGCCGGCGCAAGGGGUUUGACAAAUCUUGGUCUCUUCAAGGUCGAAACACUCUUAAGUUCACUUGGUAUCAGCUUGCUCGCGGUUGAGUCAGAUUGAGGGUUGCGGAGUGAGAAUUAAACAAAAUCAUUAUUGACUUUAGUGGGACUUUUUUGUCUAGCAGAGAUUGAGCAUUACUCUUGCCUCAUCCUUUUGGCAUUCACCAUCGUCCUCUUCGAUUUUGCUCGGGAUCGGAACAUUCGCUAACGGAGUCAAUCUGAAGGCGUGGCGGCGAUCACCUGCAGCAUAAUCCAGCGUUUGAGAAUGUUGAGUAAUGCGCUGAUCCCAAACCACAACAGUUCCGGGCUCAUAUCUCACCCUGCAAGAGAAGUCUUGACCACGAUUGAUAUGGUCGAAAAGAAAUUUAAGCAUAUAAUCUAUACCAUGAGAAUUAGCUUUUCGAUCUUCAGCACAAUUUCAUCCCACACUUACCAGAUUCUUCUUCGUCCCAUCCGACGAUACUUUGGGUAUACGAUGAAUUGACGAAAAGCCCCUUCUGUUUGGUAACGGGAUGGACAGUGACGACAGGGUGGAUAUUGCGAGUGAUAGGUCGCCUCAAGACAGAGUUAUUUCCGUUGUCGCGUAUUUCUCGCAGUAUCGGGUUUGCAGUCGUAUGCACAGCGUUGAGACCUUCCAGGCGCUUUCGGAAUGAAGGAGAGAGUCGCUCGAAUGCUCUGCCCAUCUGCAGGCGAGUUCAGUUAGUGAUACAGAGAAAUGAUUGACUGCAGAUCGUUGUCUGACUUACGUUGGAAAUAAUCGUAUCUCCUCCGCUGCCAUCUGGCGACUCCAACAUGCAGAAAAAUGUCA